CUCCCCGAACCUGCAUCCUCCGCCGCGGCCACCGCCGCGAGUGCACAGAGCCGGGCUGCGGACGGCCCGGCGCGCCGGCGGGGCUCGUGGCUGCCCGGAUCCGGACGCCUGAGCAGGUCUCCUAUUUCCUGUUGAUGCUUUCACCUGGCAAAUUAAAUUGGAAGCCCAAAGGCAAGAGAGCACAGUUGUUACAGUCCAAAAGCCAUAUUCCUGGGAAUUAGAACAAGAUGAAAAGAAGUCAAGAAUUGAUAACUGAACAUCACAAUGAAGAGGAAAUAAGUAUUCUUCAUUGCUGGAAAUGCAGAAAAUGUAUAGCAAGUUCUGAUUACUUAAUGAAUUACAGUGAGGACCAAGCAAUUAAGGACAGACAUGCUUCUGUUGACACUCAAGAUCUUUGUCAUGUGUGGCACAUGAAUCUAGAAGCCCUUCCAGAAUGGAUAAGCUGCCUAAUACAAAAGGCACAGUGGACUUUUGGAAAAUUGAAUUGCCCUUUCUGUGGGGCACAUGUAGGGGACUUUAAUUUUGUCAGCACUCCAAAAUGUUCCUGUGGCCAGCUUGCAGUUGUAUAUCUCUCCAAGAGCCGGACCGAUUAUCAAGCAACACAGGCAGACAGACUAAUGAGACAAUCGCUGAAAUACUUGUCCCACUCUAGAAUUCAGUCAGGUUGUAACAAGGAAACUCUGCUGACAGGUGGUGGCUACAAAAAUAGAAAUCACAGGCUUUUAAACAUGGCCCAAAAUAAUAAUGACCUUGGAAGAUUAACAGAAGCACUCUGUCUGGAGGUGAGAUCAACGUAUUUUCAGAUGAAGAAUGAGAAAUUGCUCUUCAAAACAUCAGAUUCAAAAUACCAGCUUUUUGUUCCCCAGCUUGUGUCUGGCAGGUGCACUUCAAGAGCUUUUCAUAGAAAAUCACAUAGUUUGGAUCUGAACAUCAAUGAGAAGCUGACUUUAUUACCCACUUUAUAUGAAAUACAUAGUAAGACUGCUGCCUAUACCAGGCUAAAUGAAACACAGCCUAUUGACCUUUCAGACUUGCCUUUGCAGUCUAGUAAAAAUAGCUGUUCUUUUCAGAAUCCAUCUAGUUUUGAUACUGAUUUGCUGCUACAAAGACUUUCAGUGGCUUCCUGUGAGACCCAGACACACAGAGGAAGAGAAUUUCAGUGUGGUCUAGAAGCUUCUUCAGUAUACUCAGACCACACUAAUAGCAGCAACCUGACUUUGCUGAUGGACCUACCCUCAGCUGGCAGGAGCAUGUUAGAGGCCUCAGACCAAGAAGAGCAUCUCUCCCCUCUGAACUUCUUCCGUUCAGCCAGUAAAUUUUCAUUGGGCAACAUUAAUCAGAGGCUCAAUAAGAGAGAAAGAAGCAAGUUGAAGAAUCUGAGGAGGAAACAACGAAGGCAUGAAAGAUGGCUACAGAACCAGAAUUUGAAUAAUGAGAUGAGUACAGAUGAUGAUAAUGAAUAUGCAGAGGAAAAGGAUAGCUACAUAUGUGCAGUAUGUCUGGAUGUUUAUUUCAACCCAUACAUGUGUUACCCUUGUCACCACAUCUUUUGUGAGCCCUGCUUACGGACCUUGGCCAAAGACAAUCCUGCAAAAACUCCCUGCCCAUUGUGUCGGACAAUUAUUUCUAGAGUCUUUUUCCAGACAGAACUGAACAAUGCCACAAAAACAUUUUUUACUGAAGAGUAUUUGAAAAUAAAACAAAGCUUUCAGAAAUCCAGCUCUGCAAAAUGGCCCCUACCAAGCUGCAGAAAAGCCUUCCAUCUUUUUGGAGGUUUCCACACACGGACAGCUCCAGUUACAAGAAGGCAAUUCCCACAUGGUGCACACAGGAUGGAUUAUCUGCAUUUUGAGGAUGACAGCCGUGGAUGGUGGUUUGACAUGGAUAUGGUGAUCAUCUACAUUUACUCAGUGAACUGGGUCAUUGGAUUCAUUGUUUUCUGCUUUCUUUGCUAUUUUUUCUUUCCGUUUUAGGAAUUGUGAUACCUUACAAUAGUUGAACAAUCAUAAAUGUAAAGAACAAUUACUUAAUUUUUAAAAUGUGCUUUUAUAAUGUUGACUAUAUAAAUCUAUUUAUAGAAAGUGUGAAAAUAAUGGAUUUAUUUAUUAAUGUUUUUCAUGUGACUAAACUAUUCAAAAGUUUAUCUAGCAUUUAGCAACAAUGCAGUAUUAAUUUCAUAGGUCUUGGGUUUAGUAUUUGGGACUCUAAUUUUACAAUGACACUUUUAUACUUAUUUUGAUUGUUACAGACUGAGGAUUUUCUCUGCACUCAAAAUCAUAAAAGUACAAAAUGAAAAUUAUAAUCUUGGUACAAAGUAACUAUAUUAAUAAAAUGUUUAGUCAGUUACUACUUAUUCUUAGGCAAAUGAUAUGCAUUAAAGAUAAGACUAUAUUCUCUGGGAGCUAUCUAGCAGGGUAUAUUCCAUUUGGUUUCCAAUUAUUUCUACUUAUCUUGUCUUCUAUUACCAAUAAAACCUGACUGUCUUUUUUACAUAGAUCUAACAAUAACUUCAAUACAACGUUUUUAUUGUAAACAACAGAACAGUAAAUACAAAUGAACUCUGAGACUAACCCUCUACCCAUAGAUACUUUAACGAGCCAUGUUAACUUUUAUAAUUUCAGGAUAAAUCACUUGAAGAAAUAAAAAAAAUCAACUUUUAGUAAUCUAAGAGAGCAAUGCAUGUUCAAAAUAUAAUUUAGUGAUUCAUUUAAUUAGAAGGUUGUCAAGUAUGUAGUAAAUAUGCAAUAAAGAGUGGCUUUUAAAUUUUUUUUUAUUUUUUGGUAAUUGAUUUAAUGACUGGACUAUAGAAUUGUGGAAAAUAGUUGAAUGUAGAACCAAAAAACCCUGACAUUUAUUUUUAUUUCAGGUAACCCUUUAAAUUAUUUUUUUCUUAUUAAAAUUAAAAAAUCUGAAUUUUUCAAAUAUAGGAAGAAAUUGGGCAGGUAUCCCAAUUUCAAAAGUGAACAAAGUAGCAGAAAAACACAUAAAUUUAUUUAUCAAAUUUCUCAGGUGUUUUUUGUGAAAUCUAGGGCAAAAGUCUCAAUUAUGAACUACUAAUACAACAUGUCUAUGCUAUGAUAUUAUAUAUCUGAUAAUUCAGUAAGUAUAUUCUAACAUAAAAUAGACAAAUCUCCGUGCCUAAUUGACCUAAUAACUAUUGAUGGUAUUUAAUUAUAAGCACUUAGCUGUUGGUAUGUGAUGUUCAAAGAAAUAUAGAAGAAUAGUACAGAUUUUUAUUAAUAAUAUUCUUAUUGGUGUUUAAAAUUAUGUGUGAAAGAAAAUAAUAGUAUAUAUGUGACAUUGUCAUAUCCAAGAAAUAGGAAAGUACCACAGUGUACAAACAGAGAUAAAUUUGUGUUUAUAAAGGAUAUUUACAAUCAUUAAUUUGUUGCUCAAAGUAAAGGUAACAUAAGGGAAAAUGUCAGCCUUCUUAAAAUAUAUAUCAAGGUUAAAACAUUGAAAUACACAUGUGUGUAAUACUACUCUAUGAACUUAAAUUCUAGUCAUUUCCUAGGCAAUUCCCUGAUAAUCCCCUGUUAACUAUGGCUGCAUUCAUUCCCAAAUUACUUAUUGAUUUUAAUUAUGUAUAAAAUAAAGGCAAUAAUAUUAUAGAUACAUAUUUCUUAGAGAAAUAAGGCUGACUGGCUAGUCAUGUCCAUGGUAGAUAUUACUUUAUGGAUCUGAGUCUGUAAAUUAAAUUCACACCUAAAUAUAGUACCUUUAAAAAAACAGUACAAUGUGAAGGGCAAUCCUAAACCAACUGAGUUUAACUUGACCUGAAAAUUAUGUCAUGUGGCCUACUAAAAAUAAAGUAAUCUUAGAGAAUAUAUAUUACUAAUUUCUAUUUUACCCCCAAAACGAGAUUCCAAAACGGGGCAAGACGUCUUUAAAAAGAAGCACUUUAAUUUUAGCUGGUACCCAGCGACACAACCUGCAUUGGAAUCUGCAGAGCUGUGUAACCAAGUUAGGUUACAGGGUGUUUUUAAAAGAAGUGAAAAGAGAGGGAGCUUAUACAAAAAGGGAGUUAAUCUCUGCAAAAUGUCAGGGCCACUUGGUCCCGGGACCGAGUGUUUUAUAAUUAGUGGUCAGCAAAUGUUUUACAAUCUAGGGUCAGUUGGUUUAGGGACCAAAUUGCUAUUCUGAAAGGGGAUAAUUCACAAGAAAUGAGAGUUGAAACAUGGGUCAGGGUAAUGAUGCUUACAGAACAGGAUAGUGGCACCUCAGCCAGGUUACAACAAUUUCAUUUAAAAAUAUUUUUAAAUUACCUACAAAUAGAGCUAGAAGUUGCUAAAUAUUAAAGUGUAACAUUUCCUAAUGCUGCAGAUUUACACGAAGCCAGAUAAAACCUGAAAUGAAAAAAUACUCAUUUUCUUAUGCCAUUUAAAACAGAGCCAUUCAGUAAUUGAAUUUAUAAAUGUAACAGCUGAAUUAUGCUUUUUAUUUAUGUUUCACCGUAUCACAUGAAAACUCAUUUCCCAGUAAGGAGCCAAAUAAAGAAAAAGAAGAAAUAUCCUAAAACUAAUGAAAUACUGUAUUUGUUCCAACUAGUAUUAUUUAAUGUUUAACUUCAUGAGCUGUUACUAUCAAUAUCUAUUUCUCCUGUGAUUAAUUAUGAAGACUAAUUUUAAACACUUCAUGUAUUCGAAAAAUAUGCCCAAAUGAUGGUACAUUUCUGAUUAUUUUCAGCAAAUACUUUAUUUGAUUUUUUAAAAGCAAAUUUUAAAAUCUAGACCUAUUUAUCUUAUAUUCAUCUGAAGAUAAGAGAAUCUAUACUAGACAAAAUUUAAAACAAAUCAGAAUUUAUGUGACUAUAACUGUGAUUCACCAAAUUUAAGAAUGAGAAAGGAAAACAUAGUAUUUCUGUUUCAGCUGUAUUAUCAGUGCCACUAUAGUAUUAAAUGCUAAAUAUAACAUCAGUGCUACUUCUGCUUUGGAAUCUUGCUAAGACAAAUCUUGAUGACAAAAGAAAAGGUCCAACUUCAUAAAAUUUUCAUGUAUAUGUCUUCUGUAUAAUUAAAAGAAUACACAUAUUCUUAAUAUCUUUUAUUUAUUGGUAUAUGUUUGCAGUACAUAAUUAUAUUCUUCAUAGGGCACUGAUACAUAUACAUAGCAUAUCUUAUUCAUUUCUAUUUUCUCUUCCCCUUCUGGCUGUCUCCUCUCUUUUAUCCCCAGGUUUCCUUCCUAUCUCCCCAAAGUCUUUUCCCAUCAUCUCUCUUUUAUUUUAUUCCUAAAAUUAUUUAUAUUUUUGGGGUUCUUACAUAAGAGAAAACAUGUAAUAUUUAACCUUCUGUGUCUAAUUUAUUCCAUUUAGCAUUACAGUCUCAAGAUGCAUCUAUUUUUGCAUCUAUUUUCCUACAAGUAACUCAGAAUUUUCCAUCUUUGUGGCUAGUGUUCCAUUCCACAUUUUCUUUAUCAAUUAAUCUAUUAAUGAAUUUACAGACCAUUUUCAUGAUUUAGAUACUACAAAUUGUGCUGUUAUAACCAUGGAUAUGCAUAUGUCACUGUAAUGUGAUGUCUUUGACUCUGUCAGAAAAAUACCAGGAUGGAGAACAGCUGGGUCAAACAGAAUUUCUAUUUUCAGAUUUUUUGAGGAAUCUUUCCCCUGAUUUCCAUAGUAAUUGCACUCGUUGACAUUCCUAUGAAUAGUCCAGGUUUUACUCACAUCGUAGCCGGCAUUUGUUAUUUUUGAGUCUCUAAUGAUAACCAUACUUACUGGAGCAUGAUGGAAUUGUAGUUUUUUUUUUAAGUUUUCAUUUAUUUGAUGGCCAAAGAUGCUGAACACUUUAUCAUAUACUUUAUCAUAUAGUUUAUCAUAUACUUACUGUCUUUUAUUUAUUUUCUGAGAAGUGUCUAUCCAAAAUUAUCCAUUUUUGACUGACUGUUUUUGGAAGGAUGUCUAAUUUUGAUUUUAGUUAUUCACAGGCAUUAAUUCUUCUAAGGAGUAGCUGGCAAUUUUUCUUCCAUUCUGUAGGUUCUCGCUUCACUCUGUUGUUUUGUUUACUCUUCAGAAAAUUUUUAAUUUGAUAUCAACCUAUAUGUUGUUUGGUAUUUUUUUGUGUGUGCAGUUGGGGUUCUGUUCUGUUCUAUGCCUAUGUCUUUAAGAGUUUUACCUAUUUUAUCUUCUAGCACAUUUAGCAUUUCUGUUUUAUCUAUUUUAUUUCCUGGCACAUUUAGUAUUUCUGUUUAAUAUGUAUACUUUUGUUUUAUUUUGAUUUUAGUAUAACAUAAGAGAUGGGGUCUAGAUUCAUUCAUAUACAUACAUAUAUAUAUAUAUAUAUAUAUAUAUACAUAUACAUAUACAUAUAACCAGUUUUCUCAGCUCCAUUUGUUAAAUAGGCAGUCUUUUCUCAAACAUAAGUUUUUGUCAUCAAUUGCUGGAGUUUCCUGUAGUGGUUUCUACUCCGCUGAUCACCAAAUCUGUUUUUGUUCAUUACCAUGCUAUUUUUAAUCACUGUAGCUUUGUAGGGUUACUUGAAAUCUGAUAUUGUAAUGCCUCCUGCUUUGCUCUUGUUCAACAUUGCUCUGAAUAUUCUAGGUUUCUUCGAUUCCUGAUCAAUUUUGGGAGUGUUUGUUCUAGUUCUUUGAAGAAUGCUAAUAGUAAAAAGCCUCUGACUCAACAUCCAUUCAUGAUAAAAACCUGAGAACUAUAGGUAUAAAGGACCUUACCUCAAACUGAUAAAAGCCAUGUAUGACAAUCCACUUCCAAAAUCAUACUGUGAGGAAGAACUGAAAGCAUUCCCUCUAAAUCAGGAACAUGACAAGGGUGUUCACUUUCACCACUCCUUUUCAAUAUGGUUCUCAAACCUUUAGACAGAGCAAUGAGACAAGAGAGAAAUAAAUGGGAUACAAAUAGGAAAGGAAGAAACCAAACUAUCCAGAUGAAGCCCCAGAAAGUGUGAACAUGGACCAUGUCACUAGAAUUUUCUGCACAAUGCUCGUUGUUUUGUUCAUAGACCUAGAACCUAGCAGUGGCCAAGAAUUCUUGUCAGAAAGCUACAAUAAACCAUUUGAGUGGUAAAUAUUAUAUAAUCUAUAUGUACAAUUGACCUUGUUUCUUGAACAAAUAACAUGAAAAAGCCAUCAAAUGAAGGGGAGAAGACCUACCUUGGAUGUGAGUAACACUGACUGACAAGCUAAUGGCCUGGAUAUAACCAAAAAAGGACAUAAAAAGAAAAACAAAGUGCCCCAACUUUUUUUAGAAGAGCUUCAAUGUUUACCAUUAUCUUUGGUCUCUAGUGUUUCAGCCUUCCAAUGCAGACUCUCACUAGUGAAUCUAUAGUGAUCUUCAGCCCUUCAACCUUUGACUGCUACUGUCUCUUAGCAUGCAGAUGAUCCUACUGAAUUCUUCUGACUCUAAUCCUGCAGAUGGCCAUUGUGACUCUUUUGCUUGUGAUCCUAGUCUCACUGUAUAAUCUACACUGGCCUUGAGCUCACAGUUCUCCUGCCAUAACCUUCCCUAGUGCUGAGAUUACCGUCAUAUGCCACUACAUCUGCUGCUUCAGUGAGAAUACUGACACAUAACUGAGAAAGCAGACUGUCCAGACCUUCAUCAGGAUUCUAGGUUGCCUUGUUGCUGCAUUUGCCUCCAGGAUCUAAAGAAGCAUUGCAGAGCUGAUGACUACUUGUGUAAACUUCAAAAGAUUCAUCACCAUUAGAGAUCAUGUUUGGACAAGGUUUAGGCACAAAUCUGCAGCCUGAGCAUGGACAACUGGGAAAGUCUGCCUGAGCUCCUAUAUCUUCCAUGCUUUGCUCUGAGAAUUAACCAUGAGUAUGAUAUUGAUGCCUAUGCCAUUAUCAAAAUUAUUCAAACUACACCAGAUAAUGAAUUGGAUAGCACUACCAAUUAAUUAUUCCACCAUUUGGAAAUCUUUUGACCAACCUGACUAGACACAGAAACUGAGCUGCUAAUCUGCAUCAGCAAUUACUAUUUCCCAUGAUUUUUGUUUUUAUAACAGUGCUCCUGACUAAGUUCCUAAUGUCUUGUACCAUCUAGCAGAUAUCUUAUACUAACAAAUCUUAAUAGGUACAGGUGCCUUAAAAUGAAAAAAAAAAACUGGCAUACAUUUUACAAAUAAAAGAGUAUCUAUUCAUUCCUGGAAAGAUUGAUAAAGACUUCCCUCCUUGAUUAAACUCAAACUCCUCUGAGUUGUAUUCUUAACUAGGCUUCAACCUUGGCCUAACACCCUCUAGUCAGCACAAAUGAUUUAAUUCACUACUCCUCCAGAGAAUCUUUAAGAAAUUUUAGCAUUCAAAACUGUGUCUCUUGAGUAACCAGCCAGAUACCUGUGUAGAAAGCACACAGUGCUACCGAAACAAUCACUGCCUCUGUCAGCCAACACAGAAUUGUAAGACCCCUGCCUCCUAGUCUCUGAGAGUGUAUGGACCUACUCUCCAUCAGCACAGGUUAGCAAAGGAAGAUAUCUUUGCCACAUGCAUCAACUUCUCACUCUGCUUUUUACAACAGUUUUUCACAUACAUGACUUUCUUGAGCUUUGUUAGUUCUCCCUUCUCCCUGCAUUCACUUCCCUUUGCCAUGCCCAGUCACAAUUACAGAAUUUGAACUUGAGCUCAUUUUAUGUAGAAUGCUUUUACCUAUGAUGAUAGUUAUUACUGAAUAAAAUCUGUCUUUACUGUCUUAAAAAGGUGACUCUUAGGACUAAUGCACUCAUCAAAGUAUUAAGCUAAAAAAGAUCAAUACACUAAAAUCUUAAUUUUAGACUGUGCUAGUUCAUAAAGAAUGCCUGAUGAAAUAGCAUCCUGUUUUUAAAUGCAGUGAAAGUUCAGUAUUUUGAUUCAUUACAGAACUUUUUCCUUGAAGGCAAAGGACACUGUCAUUGAGCAAAUCAUUCCUAGAGGUCUUCAUAUUUCAACAUGUUCACCUUGCUUCUUGAAGAGUUUCAUAUUCGAUAAAUAUCCAAAGAACAUUAUAGUUAUAUCACUGUAUGCUCCAAAAUAUGUUUAUUUUCACUUCACUUUUUCUUAAACAGUAUCUGUAAUAAGAAUUGCUAUAAAGGGAUCCUUUACCAUUGUCACUGUUCUUUAGAGCAAAAUAAAAAAGAUACAUGAGUACUCUGGA